UGGCUAAAGGCACUGGUGUGGUAACACUGAUUUUCUUUAUUCAACUGCGUUGGCAACACCCAGCAAACUGUCAAAUUGUUUCUUCUUUUCUGUCAACUGGAGAGUUAGACAGGUUAUCGAAAAUGGCCAAACGCACGAAGAAGGUUGGAAUUACUGGCAAAUAUGGCACACGUUACGGUGCCUCCCUCCGUAAAAUGGUCAAAAAAAUGGAAGUCACCCAGCACGCAAAAUACACUUGCUCGUUCUGCGGUAAGGAUGCCAUGAAGCGUUCCUGUGUCGGCAUCUGGUCAUGCAAGCGCUGUAAGAGGACCGUAGCUGGUGGUGCGUGGGUAUUCUCCACCACUGCUGCCUCCUCCUGCAGGUCCGCAGUCAGAAGAUUGCGUGAGGUCAAGUAAACAUCUGACAUUAGCUUAAGAAAAUAAACAAAAACAUCCAAA